AUGUCGGACAAAACUAAAGGUGUCAAGCAAGUAAGAAAUAAAAAACUUCUUCCUGAUUUACGUAAAGAAGGUGAAUUAUCGAAAGACAUUGUUUUAUCAACGAAAGAAAAACACGGAGUACCCACAGGGUCAAGGCUUUAUUCGCACCACACUUUGGCCAGUGUGAGAAAAUUAAGCUUCUUUCAACCGUUUUUUUUACCAGAAGACAGUUUGGAUAUAGUAUUAGCUGCAGUUUAUAACCAUUCGACGGAACGAUUCGCGGACAAAGAGGACUUGUAUUUACAACCAGAGACUAUCGGGUGCGAUACAUGGCGUCGACUUAGGAACACCUAUGAUAAGCUUCCACCGGUUGUGAUACCAUUGGGUCAUCCAAUGAAACGUGGUGGUAUAAAAGAAAAACGAUCGCCAUUCAGCGUGAAGCUUAUGAAUUCUGGAGUACAUUCGUCUCAAACUAAUCCUGGUUACAGCAGACAGGCGGCUGGCGGUGCUAUAUUCUUCUAUUAA